UGUUAGGAGGGGCAAAUGGGCAGUUGUGCAUCUGAAAACUGACAGUCCACGAGCAUAGUACGAGAUGAAAGGGUAGUGAACGCGCUUCUAGUGUAGUGUUUGUGCCAUCAUCAGCAAAGGGUUAGCCACUUCACUACUCCUCAUCGACCAUCCAAGAGAUUAUUCAAUUCGACGAACUUUGCGUACGAAAACCAUAAAGCACAAACCAAUUAAGGCAAUGAAUGCGUGACCCUUCCGUGAGAAUGUCUUCCUUCGUGGUCGCUGCACUGCUGGCGGUGGCGAUCGCGACCCAAGCCUUAGAAGAGGACUUUGCCUUCGACGUCUCCGACGACUUCGAGGUGGAGGUGAACGCCGGCAACAGGGAAAUAGAGGCUGCGGUGGGCAAAGUGUUCCACUACGUCGUGCCCCAAGUGGCUGCCACUGGAGGUUUCGAGGCCAGACGCUCCGACGGCUCGCCUCUCCCUUCGUGGCUACUUUUCGAUAAAAUCGGAGCAGUUUUCUGGGGUGUGCCGCUCGGUGACGACGUCGGUAGUCUGCAUCUAGUCAUCAGGAAUAGAAACAUAUCUGAGGACGUGACGAUUAACGUGCGCGAAACGUCGGAUCUCAAGGACAGGUGUCCCAGCACUGAAGAUAACACUGUACUUAUCCUUCUCAUUGAUAAGGGCGUCAGGGCAAUCAAACCGAAACAAAGAGCGAUAGCUGUUAACAACGUCGCGAAGUUUUUUGGCUUGCCUUAUAGUGCCUUUACUUUAAAACCUCAAUUAGAAAAAGACGAUAUUACGGAUAGUUCGGUAGUACUAGCAGGUCCAGGGAAUUUCAAGCCAAAGUCGGCGAAAUCAACUUCGGUGAAAGUGGCAGUGGGCUGUGAUGGGCGUUUGUGGGUGCAAACAGCCCCACUGGUCCAUCAGUUGAAGCAACAAGCGCGUGAUGGUACCAUAAGUGAGGUACUCGGGCUUCCAUUGAUCGGUUGGAGGGUCAAAACCGAACCAAAAUCUUCAAGAACUAAGCGACAAACUGAAGAUUAUGGUAGCGGUGAUUACGAUGACGAUUAUUACGACAACUACGAAGAUGAGUACGAAUAUGAAGAAGAAGAUACUAAGAGUAGUACCACCACUACUGUAAGCCCGACCCCGACUCACCCCCAUCGGCACCACCAUGGUGAGUCCCUACCUGAAGAAACGCACCACCAGAACCAGGAGACCUCGUCACAAGUCGUACCAACAACCGUGGAAAUGGUACCGGAAACAACCACAACCACAACAACCCCUAAACCAACAACUGAAGAAACGCCACUCGUGACAAACGCCACCAAAAUCGACAACAGCUACGAGUAUGAAGAUUACGACUACGAUUUGGAAGAAAACGAAGAGGACCCGAUUGAGAGCAAGACUGUUGUACCUGAAUUCGUACCAAAACCAAGCGAGACGACCGAAGCAACAACAACAACAACCGCAAAAUCAACAACAAUUCAAGUUGUUGAAACGGUACCAACAGUACCCACAACAACAGAACGCGAAACAACAAUGAUGAUUAUUGAGGACACGGAACCGGCGACCGUGUUGUACGAAACCACGAAUUUAAUUCCGGAAACAAGUCCCGUUGCUACAACCGAUUUUUCCACCACGACAGCAACAAUAACAACAACGACCGAAGAGGAAGAAUUGCCAACAACACCAAGUACAACAACCCGGCAUGUUGUUGUAACUUCGCCCCGAACCACCGAAAUGACCGAAUCGGUUGAAAUCGAAGAGAAAAACUUCCCCCCGUACAUCGAAAACCGGCUCAAGCAAAUGUCGGUGAUUGCCGGGAAGAUCUUCCGGUUCGUGGUCCCGAAAAACACGUUCAACGACUUCGAAGAUGGGCAUAAUCUCACUUUGGAGUUUUUGAAUUCGAGGGGUGAGCCCCUGUCGAAGGACUCCUGGUGCCAUUUCAACCCCCACCGGCGCGAGAUCUACGGGUUGCCCCUCGAGGAGGACGUCUCCAAGUGGGAGUACGUCCUGAAGGCGACCGACCGCGAAGGGGCCUCCAUCACGGACGUGUUCACCAUCCAGGUGCAACAACACAAGUUGCAACGUGUCGUCAACCACGAAAUUUCGCUCUUUAUGCGGAUCGAGAAACAGCAGGAGUUCCCGCAUUUCGUCGACUGGUGUCUGAAGACUUUGCGGGCCUUGGGGAAGAUUUAUAACACGAAUAUGACCGAGAUCACGGUCCGGAAUGUGAAUUACACGAGCGAACCGGUGGUUUUUACGUGGACGAAUGAUUCGAUCCCGACGAAUUAUUGCCCGGUUGAGGAGAUCGACAAGCUUUAUAAGAUGUUGACGGCCAACGAUCGCGGAGACCCCAAACAAGAGCUGAGUCUGCUGUUAACCCCCGAUUUAAGGGUGAAGAAGGUGACCAAGCACGGGCUGGGGGUGUGCGAGACGCCUCAAGUCCCGGUGACUCCCCCGACGAACUUUUCGCCCUUUUUGCGCAAUCCUGUAGACCAUAUUAAUGCCACGGUUGGCGAGUUGCUCAUUUUCAAAGUCCCUGAUGACACUUUUUACGAUCCGGAAGAUACGGAUUCAAGGACUCUCAAUAUUUCGCUCCUGACGGGCGAUCGCCAGGCGAUCAAGUCGACCAAUUGGUUACAGUUUGACAGUAAGAAUCGCGAAUUUUAUGGGAUUCCCCGAAAGCCAGGACGGAGUGAAUACCACCUGGUUUGUGUGGAUAGUGGAGGUGCUACAGCGACUGAUAGUUUGGAAAUUGUCGUCUAUCCAGCGCACAAAAUGCACUAUAAUGUCGAGUUUAGCAUGACGGUGGAGACGCCGUAUGACACGUUUGUAAAUAGUGCUUCCAUGCAGAGGAAAUUUGUGGAAAAGUUACAAGAAAUCUUCGGCGACCGCAACUCCAGCUCUCUCUACUUCAACCCCUUCAAGCAAAAAGACCACUCAACGGUCAUCACCUGGUUCAACCGCACGCUCAGCACCAGCAAGUGCCCCCACGACGAAAUCAACCACCUGGAGUCGGUGCUCAAGAACCACCAAGACCGCGGCAUCUCCCACCAGGUCUCGCGCAUCAUGGAGCCGGAAUUCCUCGUCUCGAAAAUCAGCGUCUUCACCAUGGGCAACUGCCGCACAAAAUCCCUCCCGCCGCCAGUCCACGAGGACGUCAUCCCCGUGGACGAAAAAUCCCCGGACGCCUCCGCCGCCCAAUACCAGUACCUGAUGACCUUCAUCAUCCCCGCGGUCAUCAUCUCCAUCAUGCUCUUCUUCGCCGCGCUGUGCGCCUGCGUGCUGUACCGCCGAAGGCGCACCGGGAAGCUGAACGUCGAGGAGGACGGCCGCCAGAGCUACGGCAACAAGGGAAUCCCCGUCAUUUUCCAGGAGGAGUUGGAGGAGAAGCCCGAAUCCGGGAUGAAGACGCCGGUGAUUUUAAAAGACGAGAAGCCGCCGCUUGCGCCCCCGGAGUACAGCAAAAGCGGCUCGCUGAAGCUGACCGACGACUCGGAGCCCUACCAGCCGCCGCCGCCGUUCACGCGCACCGACGGCCGGCAGCCGCGCCCCAAGCCCACCCCCACGUACAGGAAGCCGCCCCCGUAUGUGCCCCCCUAACAAUUACACUUCACCUUUUUUCAGCAAUAAUCAGUUACUGCCAGUUUUUUUCACGAUGCCAAAUCUGCUGCUACCGCUUUCACUUUGUUUGAUUAUUAUGUGAUAUUGCGUUCGGAUUUAUUAAGCUGAGAACCAAAAUUGUACUUUAUGGCGUGUAGGAUUAACGAGAACUAAUAGAUUAGGUCUUCUAAGGCUGUUUUUACUUUAUUGCUUUAGGUUUCGACACGGUUUACUGUCGCACAAUCUUUUUUUAACUCUGUACAUUUAUUUUUUAUCCAUGUAUCUUGAUAUUAAAGCGUUUUUAUAUUUAAGUUUAGUUACCAAUAACUUUGUACUGUAAAAAUUUAUAAUGUUUUAUAUAAGACUUUUUGUAAGGAUGUACUCGAAUCAUAUCAAUAAGGCUAGAGUUUAUUUGUAAUCUAUACGUAACUGACUUACUUUUAAAUGGUUUGAAUGUAUCAUAUCAAUAAAUCCCCAUAUUUGUCCCCGACGAUAUCAUACUUUUGUAUUAUUAACGAGUCAUUAUAAUAAUACCUAAUUGUUCAAUAAACACUAAAAACAA